AUGUCGUCCCAGCAGCUCGUCAUCCCGCUCAACGCCCGUGUGCGCGUCACCGCCGGACUCGGACACGUCCGCUUCGUCGGCCAGACGGCUUUCGCCCCGGGCAAGUGGGUCGGCGUCGAGCUCGACGGGCCCGGCGGCAAGAACGACGGCAGCGUUGCCGGCACGCGCUACUUCUCGUGCGCCGAGGGCUGCGGCGUCUUCGUCAAGGACCGCAUGGUCACCGUCCUGGACGGGUCGGAGGAAGCAGAGGCCACGCCCGAGUUCAAGGUUCCCGCACUACCGUCAGCAACCUCGUCUCGCCCGAUGUCUCGCGCCGCAGGACCUCGUCCGUCGUCGGCUGCUCUCACACCCGCCUCGUCCUCCUCGCGACCCUCGAGUCGCCCGUCCCUCGGCCCAGCCGGCGCUCCUCGUCCUCCCUCGUCCGCAUCCGGCGCCGUUCGCCGCCCAUCCUCGGUCGCCUCCUCGACCGCGUCGCACUCGCUCGCCGACGCGCGCGCGUCGUCGCCCGUCAAGCCGCCGACCGCGACUGCGACGCCCUCGAGGAGGGCCAAGCCGGCCCGCCAGCACGACGAGCUUCUCGCCAAGCUGUCGAUCCUCGAGCGUCGCCGGGCCGAGGACCGCGAGCGCCUGCGCGAGCUCGACGCACUGCGCGACAAGGCGGGCGAGUGGGAGCGUGUGCGGGAGAAGACGCGCGCGAGGGUGGCAGAGCUGGCGGGCGAGGUCAAGGAGCUCAAGCGCGAGGACCUCGCCGCCUCGCGCGAGUCGGCCCAGUCGGCGUACGACGACCUCGCCGAGCAGGUCGAGCACAGCCUCCUCGACAAGGAGAUCGCCGAGUCGGAGCUGGACGAGGCGCGAGCGCGGCUCAAGGAGCUCGAGGAGCGGGUCGGCGAGCUCGAGGUCGAGGUCGAGGUGGUCAAGGAGGAGAACGACGGCGCACCCUCUUCUGCUGGCGGACCUUCGUCGCUCGCCUUCCGUCAACUCGAGAAGCAGAACGCGAGGCUCAAGGACGCACUCGUCAGGUUGCGCGACCUGACGGCCGAGAGCGAGGCCGAGCUCAAGCGCAAGGUCGAGUCGAUGGAGAAGGAGCUCGACCUCUCGGCGGAUCUGCAAGGCGACCUCGACAACAUGGCCGUCGAGCUCGAGGAGGCCGAGUCCAAGAUCGAGAACCUCAAGGCGCAGCUCGACAUUGCUGCCGAGGCGCAGGACAUGCUCGAGGAGUUGACCGAGCGCAACAUGAAGCUGCACGACGACAACGAGGUCCUCAAGGCCGACGUUGACGAGCUCGAAGCCCUUCGCGAGCUCGCCGAUGAGCUCGAGGAGAGCCACCUCGAGACGGAGAAGCAGCUGCAAGACGAGAUCGACCGCAAGGACCUUCACCUGCAGGAGCUUCGCCGCCGCAACAACUCGCUCGAGGACGCCUGCGUCGACUACGAGGUCACCAUCGGCCAGUUCCGCGAGCUCGUCGUCAGCCUGCAGACCGAUCUCGACCAGCUUCACGAGCACCAGACGACCCAGGCCAACGAGUCGCAGUCGCUCACGAGCCAGUCGCAGGCCAUGCUCAACCUCAACCUCAAGCUCCAGUCGACGGUCCUCAAGUCGCAGGUCAAGGCGAUCGACCUCGAGUUGCGCAAGCUCGAAGCUCAGCAAGCCGCCGAGCACCUGUCCAUCGUCAAGCCUUACCUCCUUCCGUCCUUCUCCGACUCGGACGCCGCCGCCGUCGACGCCCUCCUCUUCUUCGAGCGCAUGGCGUACAAGGUCGACCUCGUCAACGACUUUAUCGAGCAGAACCACAGCGUCAGCGAGGCGCUUGACAACGUCGUCCCGGAAGAGCUCGUCCGCAUCUGCGAGGCUCGCGCCAAGCUCGCCCACUACGCGGCGCUCAACAAGCGCUUCGCGGCGCACCUGCAGCGCUGCCCGCCCGACGUGUUCCUCAAGAUGGGUCGCGUCUACCGCGAGGUCGCCGGGACCGAGCGUCGCGUCGACAGCUUCAUCGAGGCGUUGCGCAAGGAGGAGCUCCGCGAGAGCGAGUGCGGCAAGGAGAUCGACGGCUUCAUCGCGCAAGCCGAGCACCUCGCCGAGUCGCACUUGCAAGGGCUCGACCCGACUCUCGACCUCGCCGAGCGCGAGCUCGCCUCGAUUACGACCCUCGACCUCGACUUUGACACGAUUGCCGCCGCCGCUGGCUUCGUCAAGCAGACCAUCGCCAGCAUCUCUCGCGACUCAGAUGUCGAGGUCGAGCUCGGAGGAGGCGAGCUGGACGACGCGCUCUUCAAGCCGCUGCAGAACAUCGUCAACCACGCCCGCAACGCUAAGGUCCUCACCAAGAAACUGCUCCGCCGCUUCGACGACCUCGGCUCGACUUCGUCGGCGCUCAGCGUCGAGCACGCGCAGGGCUUCGAGACGCUCGCUUUUAACAGCAGUACGAUCGCUGGAGCGGUGCUCAAGCUCGCGUCCGACAUCCAGUACUACUGCGCCGAGGUGCGCUCGACCAAGGAGCCGCUGCAGCUCACGACGCUGCACGGCAUCGCCAAGGACGUCGCCGCCGUCGAGCUCGGCAAGCAGUCGCCCCGGCCGCUCGACGAGAUCAACGCCCUGCUCGUCCAGCUCGCCCAGAACAUCGCCACGACCGUCACGAGCGCGAUGGAGCCUGAACAUGUCGUCAAAUUGUCGUUCGAGGCGCCAUGGAUCGCGCGUGUCGCCGAGCUGCAGUCGAGCGCUGCCAUCAACGUCGACGCCGAGCGCAAGGUCGCACAACUGCAGGACGAGAUGCGCGAGCUCGUCCGAGACGUCCGUGUCAAGGAGCAAGCCCAUCAAGAAGCGUCGGUCAAGAUCGAGCUCAUGGAGAAGCGCCUCGAGGGCGUCAAGAAGCAGGCCGAGGCGCUCGCGCAGCUUGAGGGCGAGCUCGCCAAGAGCCGCAAGCAGGAGCGCGCGUACGAGGAGGCGAACGAGGUCCUGCAGCGCGACCUCGACAAGCUCGAGCAGGAGCUUGACAAGCUUAAGCAGAGCGCGGCGGCGGUUAAGAAGCAGGGCACGACCACGUCCUCGGGACUGGGCCUCGACCCGUCCGUCUACGAGGGCAGCAUGGAAACGUCCUACCUCAUCGAGCAAAUCUCGUCGCUGCGCUCGGCGGUCCGCUUCCUCCGCCAGGAGAACGCCUACAUCAAGUCGCACGACCUCCUCGUCCAGGUCGACGCCCUCCCCUCGUACGACCUGCCGCCGACACCUCCCCUCACGCCCGAGCCGCACGACCCUCUCGACCUCGCCUCGUCCUCCCCCUUCCUCUCCUCCUCUCGCGCCGCGACCAAGUCGCUUCCCUCGCCCUCCUUCGCGAUCCGCUCGGCGCAGCUCCUCCGCGAGGCUCGCCUCGUCUCGGCGACGCCCCGCCUCGUCGACGUGUCGCGCGCCGCAACAGGCUCGAGCGCAGCCGGCGACGGGCGCAAGCCGUGGCAGGCCGUGCGGCGGGACCCGCACAGCCAGCUGUGGGCCGAGAAGGAGCGCACGAGGCUCCUCGAGCGCAAGGUGCAGCGCCUGUGGGACGAGCGGCCUCGCGUGGCGACGAUGCCGCGAAUCGGCGCCUGAGCGCGGGUCGGCCUUUUUCCUUUCCUGUCCCUCUUUCGUCUUUCAUCCUCUCUUCGUUCUUUGUUCUCUCUCGCAAUGCAUACUGCGCAACGUUCUCG